AUGCAGAAGCAACUCCGGUUGGUAUGCGCCACCACGUCAGCCGACGCCCGCGAACUCGACGGCACCGAAACGGCCGACGGUCGUCCACCACCAACACCGAACGGUGCUUCCGGGCUGCCGGUCGAGCUGACGGCCCUGCCGCCGGAGGUCCUAUGGCACAUCGCGCACCACCUCGACCCGGCGGACGUGAGGGCACUGGGAGCGGCGCACCAGGCCUUCGCCGGGUUGGCCCACGACGACGGCCUCUGGCACGCCAUCUACCGACGCAUGUGGCCGGGCCAAACACUCCACCCGGGCCUCGCCCGCCAAGAAGGCAUGCACCACCAUCACCACCUUCUUCUCCUUCUUCUUCUUCUUCUUCGAUGCAACAUUCGGGCGUGGCGGCUGGCGGUGGCGAGGCGCGAGCAGAGCCUGCGGUGGGUGGCUCUCGUGGCCGAGGCCAAGGAGCCUGCGAGCGAUCCACGCACGCGCUUCGACCACUUGGCCGAGCUGGUCAUCAUUCUCGCCGAACACGCCGAGGAAUCCAUUAAGAUCAGGCUGCUGGGUCUGGCUCUAAUGAACGGCCUUCUCAAGGCGCUGGAACCCGCCAAGAAGCGACCAUCGCCCGCGGUCAGGCUCGUCUACACAGCCCUCGCCUACCUUGCUGAAAACGAAGACGAAGACAAAUACGAAGACGAAGACGACGAAAGCGAAGGCAGUAGCGAAACGAAGACGGCUAGGUACGUUGCGUUUGGCGAGCCUCUGCGGGAGCAGUUCGUGAUCGACCAGCCCCAGAUCAAGGCCAUGUGGAAGCGGCAGUUCAGCAGCAGCAUCGGGAUGAGCAUGGCCGUCUCGUACUUCUUCGCCAGUCUCGCCCUUCGCCAGACCCACCCCUGCAACAACAUCAAGAUCGCCCCUUCGCUGCUUCCGCUCGAAACGUUCGAGGAAUCUGAGAGCGCACAGCUGGAGGCCUCGGCCCUCUUGGACGACCAGCAGCGCAGCGAGCUCUGCCGCAUGCUUUCCGGGUGGUGGCGCGGGUUCUAUUUCUACCCCGACGCCACCGCCGAUCCGGAGAUGCGCCUCUACUUGGUCGCGAACGAAGACGGCCUGCUGGCGGGGCAGGGCGCGGACGACGUGGGCAGCUUCGUGGUCCGGGGCCAGGCCCAGUUCGCCACGGGCCUGGUCACCUUCAGCAAGAGCUACGAGAGACGCACCGCCGUCGUGUGGACCUACCGCGGCAAGCUCAACAGCAACGGCCUCGCCGGCACCUGGGGCGACGUGCGCUGGGGUGGUGCGUUCAUGAUAUGGCCCGGCGGCGAGGGGCAGGAGCAGGAGCAGGAGCAGCUGGCCCGGCUGCGGCUCGCGGAGCUGGCCCAAGGCCGAGCAGGGGCCGGCCCGGGCGUCUACGACGAGCUCGCCCUGCCGCCCGUUCCCUACAAACCUCCGGCCCGGCGCCCGCGCCAGUGCGCCCUGCAGUGA